UCUGCCUCAGUGACGACGGCAGCUCCGAUGACGAGUUCUUCCGUCUUUUCAUUCUCCCCUCUUCAGUCCAAAAGCGCAGACCUAAGCAUGGAGGGUCGAGCGCAGGAAAAUGCGCAGGAAAAGCUCGCGAUCGCGCCAAAUGGGGAGCCAGACGGAUGGCCGAUUACUUUGGACCAAACUCGACGCACGAUGAACAUGAUUUUCGCCGCCGAUUUCGUAUGCGUCGAAGUCUAUUCGAGACUAUUGUCAACACACUCGUAGGUGACGAGUACAGUAACUACUUCGUUCAGAGACAUGACG